AUGCUGUUCCUGCAACUUGUGCUGCUGGUGGUUCUCCUCCCAGGUGGUGACAGUGAAGAUGACUUGCGGUUGCCAAUCUCUAUCCGAAUGAUCCUGACUUCAUCCUUUUACAACCACUCCUGGACACAAAAUCAAGGCUCAGCUUGGCUGGAUGAACUGCAGACCCAUGGUUGCAACAGCAAAACCGGGGCUUUCAUUUUCCUGUAUCCUUGGUCCAAGGGCAACUUCAGCAACAAGGAGCUCAAGGAACAGGAAAGGUCCUUGCGGAUAUUCUUCACUGGAUUUCCUCCAAUAUUUCAUAACCAUGUCAGCCAAUGGCAGCUUGAAUAUCCCUUUCAGGUACAGGUAGUCAAAGGCUGUGAGCUGAACUUUGGGAAAGCAUUAGAGUGCUACCUGAGGAUUGCUUAUCAAGGAUUGGAUCUUGUGAACUUCCAGAACAUGACAUGGCAGCCAUCUCCAGAGGGAGGAAGUAGGGCUCAAGAGAUCUGCAAACUAUUCAAUCAGCACCAUGUGCUUAAUAAAAUAGCACACAUUCACAUCAACGACAUCCUCCCUCGUUUCUUCUUGGGACUUCUUGAUGCAGGGAAAGCAUAUCUCCAGCGACAAGUGAGACCAGAGGCCUGGCUGUCCACUGGCCCCAGUCCCGGUCCUGGCCGUCUCCUGCUGGUGUGCUGCGUCUCUGGGUUCUACCCAAAGCCUGUGUGGGUGAUGUGGAUGCGUGGUGAGCAGGAGCAGCAGGGCACCCAGCGAGGCGACGUUCUGCCCCAUGCUGAUGGGACGUGGUAUCUUCAGGUGUCCUUGGAUGUGAAAUCCAGGGAGGUGGCUGGUCUGUACUGCCGGGUGAGACACAGCAGUCUAGGAGGCCAGGACACGGUCCUGUACUGGGAGCAGCCCCACUCCAUGGGCUGGGUCUUCCUGGCAGUGACAGCAUCCCUGGUACUUCUGGCGGGUCUGGCCUUGUGGCUCUGGAAGCGCUGGUAA